ACAACCGUUUAAACGGAAUACAAUGUUAAUCCAACCCCAAUUUUAAGCAGUGGUUGGAUAAAUAUACGCUAAGAGGAUCUUCGUACUCUUUUUAGCUACAGUAGUGUGGAAAACAGUGUUUGAAUAAACACUCGAAACGGAAGUUGACUAUUGUCAACUUUCCUCUGAUCCAAGCGCUGCGGUUUUAUCUGCUUUCACCGGGAUCUGUGCACUUUACGAAUUUGCUCGUUUCUUCGGAAAUGUCUUCUAAACAUUCUUAUUCUUCUGACAGCGAUGAUGAGGGAGAGUGGUCACAACGCAAUUCCAAAAAGAAGAAAAUGUGCCACAACUCCAAGCGACCUGUCGUUGCAAAUGUCGUUAGUUUGGAAGAGGGUGAAAUUUCGAGUGAUGAGCUCGAUGACGACGAAGAUGAUGGUCUUGAUGAAAACCUUAUCGGUGGGGAAGACGACAAACGUAAAUUAGAAAAGAUGAGUGAGAAGGAACGCGAGGAAGAGUUAUUUAAGCGCGCUGAGCGGAGAGACGCUAUACAGGCUCGCCGUGCUGUCAAACUGAAAUUGAAAGAGAAGCGGGAUAAGGAACGUGCUGAGAAGGCGUCUAGGUUUAGCACUGGUGAUUCAAACAAGUUUAAAAAGCAGUCAAACUACUCGAACGUCUUCACCUCGGACAGUGAGGAUGCCUACAACAGCGAUUCAAGCGGCACCGGUGGACCUCGUGGUGUCAGUAAGCGCAAAAUAGUUCUAGAAAAACAAAAGGAAGCACGCAGUCAUAAAUUUCAUGAGCUCAUCGAGCGUCGGCGCCAGCAGGCCGCUAAAAAGCGUCGUUUGCAGUCGGGAUCCGAAGAUGACCUGGAAGCGAAUUCCCAAAAUGCCGCUGUUCGUUCGAGUGCGGCUAGCAGCUUCUCUGAUUCGGAUGCCGAUGAUCCAUCUGACCGAAGGGGCGACGCUAGUAUAAAGCACAGAGCUUCUAUGUCACAACGCAUUUUCUCCGAUGCAUCUGAUUCUACCGACUCCAGUCGCCCUGAUACGAGACGGGAUGCUCGCCGUCCAAGCUUGUCUAGUCUUUCUGAAUCACAACGCUCUGGCUCUUCUAGCGAGGAUGACACUCGCGGCCGGAGCCGUUCCCCCGAGGAGGAACUGGUUUCAUCCUUGGAGCAAUUGUCGCGUAUUCGCUUGUCCCGCUUCAAAAUGGAGAAGUGGGUUCACAUGCCUUUCUUUUCUGAUUUAGUCAGGGGCUGUUUCGUUCGGAUCAAUAUCGGGCUGAAUCAAGGGGUCCCAGUGUAUCGAUGCGCAGAAAUAGUUGACAUUGUGGAGACUCCGAAGAUUUAUGACCUUGGGGACACACGGACCAACAAAGGCAUGGUUGUGCGCAUCGGUAAGGAUCAAAGCACUUUUCGUCUUGCUUUUGUCUCAAACUCUGAAUUUCUUCCGUCGGAGUUUGAGAGUUGGAUGCGGCGGAUCUCCGAAGCCAGUGUGAAGCCACCAACGAUGAGCUUCGUUAAUCGCAAAGCUUCCGAAAUUCAAGAUGCACUCACGCGGCCUAUUAAGGAUGAACGUGUGGUGGAGCAGAUUAUUCAAUCUAAAAAGCGAUUUCAAAGAGCGCCAACCAAUUUUGCUAUGCGCAAGGCCGAGUUGCUGAAACAGCGCGAGCAAGCUGAAACCGAAGGCGAUGUGGAUGCGAUACAUCGCCUGGAUUUAGAACUUGAGGACAUAGAAUCGCAAGCGGAACGUAUCGAACGUCGGAGAACCUUGGGUUUUAAAUCGAUUACUUCGAUUAACCAGCGCAACCGGAUGCUGAGUUUGCAAACGGCGGAGGAAGCCAUCCGCAAAGAAACCGAAGAAGCCCAGAACUGCAAGGAAGAAGAUCCAUUUACACGUGUCCAUUCUCAGCCAGUUAUUGUCACGAAGAAAUACCUUGAGCAACUCAGAUACAAAAGAACAGGACAGUCACAUCCCGAAGAUUCCCAAAGCCACACUGAUCUACCGGCUAGCGGUGGAAAUUCCCACGAUGCACCGAACUCAGUGCUCAGCUCCACACCUUUGGCGUCGAAUUACGCCCGCGCUUCCCACAAUACCUCUUUCUCAUGUUCUCGAUUGGGUGAGCAUACGUUACUCGACAAUACCGAUAGUAUCAGGCGGUCCGCUUUUGAUGAAAGCUUAAACCUAUCCACUCCACAGGAUUCACUGCACUCAAUUCACAAUUUUGAGAUCAAUAUUAAUUUAGACUUGGAUGAUACCGGUAAUCAGCCAUGUUUGGGUGGUGCGGGCGACGGGUCUGACUUAUCAAAGGAUCAUGUGAGGUCGAAGCAUAACGCCGCAUCAGUUGGGCUACGUGAAUCGGUGAAUGGUCCUUCCAGUCCGGCUGUGCCCAACGGUCUAGGAGCGAAAAAGCUGAAUCGACGAUCUCUCAACCUACAGGAGUACAAAAAGAGGUUCGGGUUAAUAUGACGUUCUUCAACUUUUCCCCUUUAAACUGGCGCUUUUUGUUGGAGAUAAGCAGCUAGUGCCCGCCUUUUACUUUUUCCUCUCUUCACUGAUCGCAGCCUCGCUUUGUGACUCACCGCAUGUCAACUUUGAAGUUAACCUUUUGCAUGUACAUAAACUUUGCAUGCCUCACCUGCGAUUAGUUGCCCGUUGUACAUACUUUUCGCUCCAGGUGAGCGCCAUACAGAUUCCUCUUUCAUUAAUUCGGUCUGAUCUUAUCGCCAACUACCAAACUACUAUUAUUUGCUUUACUCAACUGAUUCUCUCCUCUUUUGUGUUUUUAAAGAGCCACUGGCUUCAUGUUAAUCCAUUUAACUUUUAUUGUGUGUAGUCCUAAAUUUCCUGCUUGCUCGAAUUAUUAGGUGUAAAAUUAUGAGGAAUCCUGGCAGCAUCCUUAGUAGAGGCUCCUUGAGCAAUCCCCAUUUUCGUCGUAUCUGUGUUAGCCUUGUGACGGACGCUGUUCGCUACACCACACCACACGACAGAGGAGCGCUACAUGUCUGUUUGUCGACCAUUCGCUAGCUGAAUUAAUACAUUACUGUUGCGUGUCUCAUCAGUGAGAUGCGAUGCUCAACAGACCCUUCAUUGACC